UCUUUGAAGAUUGGUUGGAUUUGGAACAUGACAAAUUCUAGUACGCCAUAUUUGAUCCUCGUGUGGUGAAAGUUGUCAGAAAAUGAAUAAUCUACUAUGCAAAAUUAAUAUCUGUGUGUAAUAUAUCAAUUAUUUGGUGCAAUUAUGGAGAAGGACCUUAAUAAUUCUGCUAUUCACAAUACAUCCCCAAAAAACGAAGAAGACAGUGAAAAGUCAUUUGUUGGUAAAUUCAAGUCAAUAAUCACCAAUACUCCCUUGUCUAAGUGGUUCCGUAAGCAAGAUGAUAGUAGUAGUAAAUCAACAAUCAGAAGACGCAAUGAUGAUGCUGAUGAUGAGGAACUCCAUCAAAUGCAGCCCCCUUCCAAAAGGGUGAAGUUUCCCAUUGCUGAGGAAAACAAUCACUUUAACAGUGUGACAUUUGAAAAUGAUUCAGAUUUGACAACUGUUGAUAUCACUCUGAAAAGUCAAAAAUCAAAUCAUUUUCCAGAACCAGUGGCUGGCCCAUCUGGUAUCAAAUCACGUAAACUACUCUCAAAUGUACCCACAAGGAGAGAUGAGGUGAGGAAUAAAUUCAGGAGCAGGGAAUUGCUUAAUGGACACAAGGACUCUGACAGUGAGGAAUCUACCAGUGGAUAUUCUUCAGUGCCCAGGAUAGGGAGUAAAGACAAUGUCUGUCAUAGUCAAGAGAGUUCCAAACAGACCUCUCCUCUAGAGAAUCCCAAUAAUUCCAGGUCUCUGUUUCAAAAUCCAAAUACCUCGACGAAUCGCUCACUAUUUACUGAUAGGGCAUUGAGCCCCAACAUGAAUACAUCAAUGACGACAAGGAGGCCUAGCUUCAAUGCCUCAACCUUUGGUUCCCCCAAUUUCAUUGAUAGAACCAUAGCCACUGAAAAAAUCAUCAAUUCACCAUUCUAUAGUGGAAGAACUAUAUAUGGCGGCGCUUCAGCUUAUGGCAGAAGACUGGGAAGGAGUGCCAGGGAUCUCAGAACUUCCCUGAAAAGACCUGUGCAGAUUAAACCAGUUAACAAAACUAACGAAACUGGAAAUCUGACUCUAGGAAAAACUGCUAGAAGGAUACUGGAGACUUUGGAGCAGUAUAGUUCACCAAUUAACGAUGCGAAAAAGAUACCAGUUGCCUCUAAAAGGUUCAAAUCUGAUGGUUUACUCACCAGUCAUGUAGGUGCUAGUCCAUACUUGCAUAAUAGUGGGGAUACAAUAUCGAAAAAAAGGGAGCUUCAAAUACCAACAGUGUCUGAUUUGCUCAAAAUGAAGCAAAAAACAAGGUUGCAAAACAGCACUGAAACAGUCAGGCAGAUUGCUAUCUCCUCCAAGUCCAAUUUGAACUCAGAACAGAACCUUUUUAGUGAGAAACCGCCUACUAGAGAAUCUGACAGUACAACAGAUAUCCAACAGCAACAGAAAAAGGUGGAAUCUGUCAAACCCAACCCUAACCCCACAAGUCUUCCCACAACCAAUUUACCUAAAUUUGAUUUCUUCAAAACACCCCAGUCUGUAGAUAAACCACUGAAGAAUAUGUCACCGAAAGUAGCCCCUCUGCAAACUACAAUAAUUGUCGACACUCCUCCAAAAGUAACAAUAGAGACUGAGAAUAAUGUACAAAAGAAAAAUAGCGAUUCUGCAUUGUUCAGGUUCUCCGCUCCUCUUGUAAUAGCGGAAAAUAUGAAAUCUAUCGUAGCAAUUAACAAUUUCAAAUUCAGCAAACCACUUGUAAACCUCAAAAAAACGAACAGUUCUAAUGAUAAAGGGACUGAUACUACUAGUAAUAAGAACGGCCUAGAGAUGGCUCCUAAAAUGAUUGCAAGUCCAGCAAAGGAGCAGGAAAAAAGUGCUGCCAUUAAGAAUAGUGGUAUUGGUGUUAAGAGUGCCAACCAAUGGGAAUGCAGUGUAUGCAUGGUCCGUAACAAUGACAAGGAUUCAAAAUGUGUAUGUUGUACUGCUAGUAAGCCUUCAGCGCAGAAAACUGAGGUGGCACCCAUUAAUAACAUACCAUCCUCUUUUGGAGAUAAAUUCAGGCUACCGACUAGUAUGUGGGAAUGCUCAGUUUGCAUGGUCAGAAAUGAGAAUGCAAAGACAAAGUGCAGUGCAUGUGAGACACCAAAUCUUAAAGGUGUUUCAAAUCAGUCAUCAUCUAAGAGUUCUAGUUUCAUGACAAAAUUCCAACCUCCUGCUAGUACUUGGGAAUGUACCACUUGUUUAAUAAGGAAUAAGAAUGAAGUUGUCAAAUGUGUUGCUUGCGAGACUCCCAGGAUAGGUAUGCCAGUGGCUUUCAAUAGUUUGAGUGCCACUUUCAAGAAAAAAGAGGACGAAUGGGAAUGCCAAGUCUGUAUGGUCAGAAAUAAGACGACAAAUGUCAAAUGUCAAUGUUGUGAAUCUCUGAAACCAGGCAGUAACCCGAAAAACGGGCCAGUGUCUGAGAGCGAUGAAAAACCAAUACCGAAGUUCAACUUUGGGAUUGAUAAAGCUGCAGCUGCAUCAUUCUCAUUUGGGGUACCAUCCUCGACAUCAAUUACUUUGCCAAAGCCUGUAGUGGAUCCUGCUAUAGUUUUUGGAGAGAACGCCAAAAAAACGGCACCUGUAGCUAGUUUCUCGUUUGGGGUAAAGCCAGAGGCACAGAGUCAAAAGACGACUGUUGUAGUACCACCAAAGAUUGCCGAGCCGGUGGAUAAGGUCCCAGAAAAAAGCGAUGCUUCAGCCGCAGUGGCUAGUUUCCAAUUUGGUGGCGUGAAACCAACUACAACUCAAAGUGCUCCUCUGAUAAACAAAAAAGUCGAAGCUAUUGCUAAACCCGUUGAGAUUCCUGCUACUACUGCAGCUGUUCCUAAACCGACAUUCAACUUCAGCGUAGCUGCAUCUAGCAGUGAAAAGUCAACAAAUAAAGCAGACACCACUGCCGGAGAUACGCCAAAGCUGUUCAGUUUUGGAUCAAAACCUUCGGUUAACAUAGCAGCCAAAGUGACUCCAGCAGCUGGACUUGGUGUUAUUCAGAGUACUCCAGUCAGUCAACCUCCUGCAGCUGUUACUAGCCAAAAUACAAUAUCUAAGCCUGGCGGUUUCUCAUUUGGCGUUAACAAAACUAGCGCUGAUUCAUCUUCUAGCUCGAUUUUUGGUGCCACUACAACGACUACAAACAACAGUUUUGCUGCUGCCAAUGCUAACAGUUUCGGUAGUCCCAAGGCUGUUGUUACACCAGCUCCCAAGACUAGUUCUGAUGUCAACGCCUCCACACCAGUCCCAUCUUUCGGAAGUGUGCCAAUACCAUUCGGGAAUACAGGCAAACCCGCCUUCGAGUCGCCCUCCUUCUCGUUCGGGGGCGCCGCACCUCCCAGUAACGAGCCCCCAGCGAAGGCCCCCAUGGGCGCCAUGUUCUCCUUCGGACAAUCGAGCUUCGGCGCCGCCAAUUCCAGUACGCCCUCCUUCAAUUUCGCCGCCUCCAAGGCGACAGAAGCCCCUUCGAGUAGCAUUUUCGGUGCUGCUGCCCCCGCGGCAUUGCUUGCCCCCAGCAAUGCGGAGGCGACGAGUAGGGUGUUCAAUUUCGGGGCGAGCUCGCAGAACAACAACACUCAGAAGGCGGGAUUCAGUUUUGGAACUCCCGUUAAUAAUAACGCUGCACCUGUGCCUACCAACUCUGGAUUCAAUUUUGGAGCAGCAGCAGCUCCAGUGCCUAAGCCAGCUGCUGGUGGUUUCAAUUUUUCAGCAGUGGCAAAUUUUGAUGGAAAUGUCAAACCAUCAUUCAACUUUUCUGAUGCACCUGUAACUGCUUUUACAAAUUUCACGAGUAUUUCUAUUAUUUCCUAUUGCGGAAGGAAUUCCGAUGAGAAAUCAGAGAAAUUACCAAAUUUCAAAUAUGAAAACUAUAUGUGA